AUGGCUGCUAAAGAUCAAGACGUUGUCUUAAAAGUCACUUUAAAUAAAAUCCACAGGUUUAUGCUCGUAAUAGCGAAGGAAAGUUCGAUCGCAGAUUUAAAGACAGAGAUUACUAAAGUUUCUAGAUUAUUGUUGUCGUCUGCUGAUCUGGGAGAAAUAAUAUCUGUGCAAAGCUGCGAUAAUCAUGAGUUACCAGACAUAUACAAAGUUGGUCGUCUUCUUAAGGAAGGAGAUAGUAUUCUAGCAUAUUCAGCUGGUCAUGUAUUAAACCAUGCAGACUCUAUUCUCGUUGAAGAAAAUGCAGAAAUGCUGAAAACCACUUCACAACAUUCUCCACAGUAUUCAGGAAGUCAAAAACCAACUCAAAAUAAAAGUGACUUGACAGAUAUUUCCAAGGCUGUUGUGCAAGGAAAUAGUAUCAAGGAAACUGAAGAUUUAGCUGAAUGCUGUGAAAAUGAGCAGGAAUGUUCAAGUAAGAGAAAUGAAAAAGAAGAUAUUGAUAAAACAAAUAAUACUAGAAAAGAAAAAACUUUGCUAAAAACACAGAAUGUUGAGCUUGCUUCAAGUGGCAAUGCAGAACAAGAAUGUGCAAAUAGCAGGAAAGAAAAGAAAACUGUAAAUAGUUUUGAUGAUAAUCAUGACACUUUUGAAUGCAGGAAAGAGAAAUCUAGAAACCAAACAGAGAAUAUAGAGAGCAUAUCAAAUAAAGAUGGAGAAAACAGCACUGAACAGAACUUAGAAACUACAGAUAAUAUUGAUGAACAGGAAAGUAUGGAACAGUGUAAAGAGGCUGAAGAUAAAAGCAGUGAAGGCAGGAGCCCAGAAAGAUUGAUGAAAGAACAUAAUCAUGAAACGCCACUGAACAGCAAUGAGGAAGAUAUGAUGCAGUGUCAAGAAAAUGAAGACAAAGAUAGCAUAAGUAAAAGUGGAAGAAAGAGAACAGUUUUCCAAGUGGAAAAUUUUAUUUCACAAUCCCAAGAGGAAAAUUGGCAUAUAAGAGUUAAUUGUAAUCAAAAGGAAAUGUCAAGACCAACAGAUAAGACUACCAGAAAAAGAGUUUUUAGUACACAAAUGAAAUCGCCACCUACCAGUAGUAACAGGCAAAGGAUUGAGAAAACUCCAACAGUACAAGAGAAGAUCGGUAGAAGAAAGCGAAAGCAAUCAAGAACCCAGUCAAUAGAUGAGAGCCUGGCUGAUGAAGAUCAGAGACACAGAUCCAGGGAAAGUGCCUCCACUGCCUCUCAGCAUAGCAGUAUUGUAUCUGAAAUAGUAUUAAAGUCGCAGGCUUUUAAAGAAAUGUUAGAAUCAACAGGAUGUUUUAGUCAAAGGCGCAAACAGGCUAUUGAGAAGAGUGUUACUAAAGUGGCAACAUGGCUGGUAAAUAGUGAUCAAGACAUAGAUGAUGAGACCCAUUCAAUCCAAAGAAUGAGUACCAAACUCUUGGAUGAACCAGAAGAAACUCCUGCCAAUCACUGUGUGAUAGAUUCCCUGGACAUCAAUGAUAACGAUAUCACUUCUACUCCUGAAGUUUACCAUGAAGAUAUGGGCAGAAAAUAUCCUAUUAUCGAUGUGCUGCAAGACAGAGUGCUGUACUUUGAUAGUGACCCCAGCGAUGCAAGUACCAGCGGAGGGCUCAUUAAAGAAACUUACAUGAGCUCUUGUAAAGUUGUUAUUCCUAAGCUCAAUCUUACACAGCCAACAGUUGAAGGACUUAAGACUAGUUGUAGUGCUAGUCAACCACGAAGUGUUCCACCUGAAGUGGCGACUGCCAUUGAAACUAAUGCAGCAGAAAGAACUGAAGAAGAGCCAAGUACUGCAGUAGUGUGUGUGGCUGGUUGUCAAGACACAAAUGAAGAGGAAUGUUGUCAUGGUAGCCAAGAAAUCAUUGGAUCCUCGGGAUCUGAGGAACUCUUUCCCGCCAGUCCUAAACUAAAGCACCUGACGUCAUACACGAAUGAAACGUUACCUAGCAACGCAAACGAGCCACUAGAACAUGCUGGGAAUGAAAAAGGAGAUGAAGAGAGCUGCUUCUCAACAGAAAUAUUGGAAAGCGCAGAACAAGCACGCGGUGAGCAUCAUUCCCCGCCAAAGAAACUUAAAUUGCCUCCCAAUGUUGAAGGUGCCACGACUAAUGAAACAGAAGAUAAAAAUCAGGAUUCACAAGUGGUCAAGAAAAGCCAAACAUCGGUGGAGAAAAUCUUAGAAGAUGGUAUUAUUUCACAGUUAGAAAAUGAGCAGAUAAUUUGUGAAGAAACAGUAGAAAAAAGCUACGGAAAGAAAAAGGCAACCGAACAGCAAAAUAUUGAAGACGCUGAAACUACAGAAGACUUCUCAACUGUACAAAAGAAACAUCCAAUAGCAGAAGAAGCUGGUUUGUCUUCACCCAAGAAAAAGAAAAAGAAAAGUCGAGAAACUGGAGAAACCAAGGUAACAAACAGUAUUGAUGGGUCAUUUUUGAGCGAAAGUGGGAUGAACUAUACCUCAAGUUGUGAGAACCAUUCCCAGAAGGAUAAAAUAUCUAAACAGAGGAGAAUACGGGAUACAGUAUAUUCUGAUGAUAACAAAGCUGAAGAGGAGAGCGAACAGUCGAUGAGCAAGGAAGGAAAGAAAAGAGAUAAAAGAAACAGUUUGAAAGAAAAGUUAGCUGCAGUAACUUCCGAAAAGACCAAAGGGAGUAAAAGAAAAGAUGUUAAUAAUAAUGUUAAUUACAAACAGCUAAAUGAGAAACAAUCAAAAAACUCUACCAAUAAGAAAGUAUUUACUCAAGAAAAUUCCAUUCAAGAAAAUUCUGGAAAGCUUCCAAACAUACAAACUUUCAUUCCAGAAAGUACUGCAAGUUCUCCACGCAAAGAAACAGCAGCAAACACGGAACUUCCGAUUCAAACAUCUUUGGUAAGUUUACCAAUUGGUGUUAUUUCCAAUUCUGAAAAGAAAGUAACGUCACCCAAACUUCACAAGAAGAGCAACUCUAAAAACAAGGAUUUCCCCCAGGAAACUUUGCCUGGUGGAUCACAACAUGUCAUUCAUGCUGUUGAUGACUUAGUGCAAAGUUGUAGUCAGAGCACUGUGACGACGUCUGAGGAAAAUGCCUUUGAAAAGAAAUCCAAGAAGAAAAAGAAAAAGGAAAGGAAUAAAACAGUGGUUUCUGCAGAAGAAGUAAGCGAAGGAAAAGAAAAACGCAAAAAGAACGAAAGAAAUGUUGAUAAAGAAACGAAAAUUUCUUCAUUUGAUUCUCGUGAAUCAACGAUUCUUUGCGUCGAUGAGGAAGAGAAUUCUGAUGGAAAGAAGCGAAAAAAAGAUAAAAAGAAGCGUGGAGACAAGGCUGUAGAAGAUGAAAAGGUUGAUAUUCGUGAAAAAGAUGUAACAAAGAAAUCUAGUCAAACUAAAAAGAUAAGUCGGGAAGAAGAAUUUGAAGCAGCUAACAAACCGGUUAAACAAGUUGAUAGACCUGUUUUAAAAUCUUUAGAUGAAACAGGAAAAGAGGAAGGGAAAACUCGUGACAAAACGAAGAAGGAAAUAAAACGAAGAGAAAAGAAUGAAAAGAAUGAUACGAAUAAAGAGAAAGAAGACAGGGACGAAAUACCCAAGAAAAAACGUAAAAAGGAACGAAAAGUAUGCGAGGAAAAUGGCAAAGCUUCACAAAAUGGUUUGAGUGUCCCGGCUUCACAUCAUGACAUGUUUACUAGUGGCUCAGAGAGUGAGAUUAACACUCCUGUAACCGAUGUCUUGUCAUGGAUCUCAAAAAAGAUCAACCCCCAAACAACCAAGAAAAGUUCAACCAAGAAAACAAACAAAUCCACGUUACUGGACUUAGUCCAAGACGAUCAAGAAUUGCAUUCCUCUAAAUCAGUCUUCACACCAAGAUCUUCAUCAAUGGACAGUCGCUCUCGGAUAUUUCACAAAACUCCUAUAGGAUUCACUAACACUGUACCUAGAGUAUCAAAGAAAUCAAAUCCUACUGCUACAACAGUAUCAUCGAGUAGGCGAAAGAGAAAACUUAGUAACAGUCCACCACAAAGAAGAGAAUUGACUCGACAAGAAAAGGAAAUGCUUUCUGGUGGAGUGAAGAGGCUUGAUGAAUUACUGGACAAUGAUUCAGUCUGGGACUAGUGAUAUAUGUACAGGAUAGAUUUUUAAUAUUCAAUAAAUUCGUUUGUUUAUUUGUAAUUUU